AUGUUGAAAUAUGAUAAAAUGGAGAAAAUUGGUGAAGGUAAGAAAAACAUUUCAAGUCAAUUUUUCUAUCUGAAAAUAUUGCAGGAACCUAUGGAACAGUGUUCAAAGCGAGAAACAAGGAUUCGGGUGAAAUUGUUGCUUUGAAAAGAGUUCGAUUGGAUGAUGAUGAUGAAGGUGUUCCAAGUUCUGCAUUGCGAGAAGUUUGUAUUCUUCGAGAAUUAAAACAUCGAAAUGUUGUGAGAUUAUAUGAUGUGGUACAUAGUGAAAAUAAAUUGACAUUGGUUUUUGAAUAUUGCGAUCAGGAUUUGAAGAAAUUCUUUGAUUCCUUGAAUGGCUAUAUGGAUCCACAGGUAGAAUUUAGAGGUUUUUUGAAAAAUUUACAUGUAUUGUUUUAGACCGCUCGUUCUCUAAUGCUCCAACUUUUACGUGGUCUCUCAUUUUGCCACGCUCACCACGUUCUUCAUCGCGAUCUCAAACCACAAAACUUGUUGAUAAAUACAAAUGGAACUUUGAAAUUGGCAGAUUUUGGUUUGGCUCGUGCUUUUGGUGUUCCGGUUAGAUGUUUCAGUGCUGAAGUUGUUACACUUUGGUAUCGACCACCUGAUGUAUUGUUUGGAGCAAAAUUGUAUAAUGUUUCGAUUGAUAUGUGGAGUGCUGGAUGUAUUUUUGCGGGUAAGUGGAAGUUUGGCGAAAUUGAUUUUGAAUUCAUCUUGAGAUUUUUUUUCAAAAAAAAUUUAUUUUUACCAAAAUUCUACGAAAUUUUGGAGGCUUUCGUGAGAGUUUUGUGAUCAAACUUUCGAAAUUCUCAAUUUUGUACAUAAAAAAACGUUUCAAAAAUUUAAUGAAUUUUUUGAAAAUUGAUAAUUAUGUUUGAAGCAACACUCCAAUUGUAAAUAUAAAAAAUCCUCGAAAAGGCAAAAAAAUCAAGAAAAUAUUAAAGUUUGCUAUUUUCACUGGAGAUUUUUGUGAAUCAUUUGAUUUGUCUGAGUGAUUUCAACCAAAAUGUUCCUCUUGAUAUUAUGCUUUAGUAAAAACUUGGACCUCAAUCUCAAAAAUUUAGAAUAACCUGGGAUUUUCCUGAAAUUCAAUUUUUCAUUUCAAAAUUUUCAUAAAACGGCUCUCCAUCGAUCUUCUGUUUGCUUGAAAAUUGAACAACAAAACUUUUUCAAUAAUUUUUUAUUAACAUGGAAGUUUUUCAAAAAACUCUUCCAAAAAUCAACUUAUUUCUCAACUUAUUGUGGGAAAACAGUGCUCUUCUUAGCUUUUAUUUUUCCAUUCUUGAUUUCUUUUCUCUCAACAAUCUUGUAAGUAUUCCAAGUUGAAACACACAUCAAGAAAAUUGAGAGGAUGAGCCAUCCAUUUGCGAAUUCCAAAAGGAAUAAUUCUGGAUCUUCAUUGAGUUUUUGGAUUGAUGCCAUUAGAGUGGCGAUUUCAACAAAGAUGAAGGCAAAUAGAAUUUGCCAAACAUCAUGGUGAAAUCCAACAAGUGUCACCACAUUGGAAAGGCCCUAAAAUUGAAAUCUUGUUGCUUGAAAAUGUUCAUCUGAUUUUUUGUCAUUUCCAAAAAAAAAGGUUUUUUUGACUUACAAAUGCCCAAAAAAUCCAAUUUGUUGGAUCUUCCGAAAUACAAUUGACCAUAAACAAGCAUUGAAUCGAAAAAAUGAACAUCAUGAAGCUUUUGAAGAUUUUUGCGUAGAUGUCGGCUGGCUGUAAAAAUUUGUUGAGAUUUCCUAAAUAAUUUUUAAACUUAAAAUUUUCCCGCCAAAACUCACCAAUUCAUCAUCUCCAAAGCUCAAGUUGUUCUUGAUAUACUCCAAACUUUCUUCGUUCAUAUUUUUAGAUGACAUAGAAAUCCGAAGAAAUAUCUUACUAUAUUUAUACUUUUAUUUUAUUGGUUUCGUUAUUUUAAACGAACUCCUAAUUGUCCUUAUUUAUAUUUUUGUAGUUUUUUUUCAUGUUUGUAUGUCUUUUUUCGGAGAAACAUUUUUUAGUACAAAGAUGGGAAAGGCUCAAAGAUGAAAGUUGGAUGUGAAAAAUAUAGAUUUGAAUUGAAAAAAAAUUAGAAUUUUUUGAAGUUUACCUGAUUAAAAUAUUGAAAUUUGUAUUUCAUGUUGAGAAUUUAUGUUUUUUUUCAAAAUUAAAUUUGAGUUAAUUCUGAAAUAUUUUUUCAUUAUUUAUCAAUUCUAGAUUUCAUAUACUAUUUCAGAAUUUUGUUCUAUGAUUUUUGACUGAUUAUGACCAUAAAUUCUAAUUAAAAUCUUGAAAAAUUUUUUUUCAAAAGUACUGUUUCAAAAUUUUUAAAUUUUUUUCGGAACACUAAUUUUACAAACUUAUAUUCGUUUCAAAAUUCUUUCUACUUUUUUCAAAUCCAAAUUAUUUUACCCCAUAAAUUCAAAAACCAGACAUUCAUUUUUUGUUCUGAUGUCCUUCUCAAAAAAAUCUCAAGGCCACUGUACUUUGUAUUUCCUUACAUCAUCUCCUCCACUAUUUUAAAUUUUCCUCAAUUUUUUUGUUAAUUUGUCUUUUUUUUUUGAUAACCCACUCUCAUAAAAUAUUGAUAAGGAACUGAAGAACAGUGGGUGAUUUUUGAGAAAAGGCAAUUUUUUCCUCGUGCAAAAGAAGAUAAGUGCACAACUUUUUUGUUUGUGUAAAGUAUGAUGAGGUGUACUUUGAUCUUUGCUUCUGAAAAUUGAAAUCCUGAUAAAAUUCUACGAAUUUUGAUGUUCCAGAGAUUUCGAAUGCUGGUCGACCACUUUUCCCGGGCGCUGAUGUCGAUGAUCAAUUGAAACGGAUAUUCAAACAACUUGGAACACCCACUGAAGAAUCUUGGCCGUCGAUUACACAGUUGCCUGAUUAUAAGGUAUCUUUUCUUUCUUUUUUCUCUUUCUGACGUUUUCCGAGAUUCGCUCAGCUGUUUGUUUAAUAGUACUGCAAACAGUUGUUUGAAGCAAGCAAACAAAAAAUUACCACGAAUUUUCAGCCUUAUCCAACUUAUCAUCCAUCAUUGACGUGGAGCCAAAUUGUUCCAAACUUAAACUCGAAGGGAAGAGAUUUGAUGCAGAAGUUGUUGGUUUGUAAUCCAAGCGGCAGGAUUGAUGCGGAGGCUGCUUUGGCUCAUGCUUAUUUUUCGGAUACAACGGACCUUUGA